AUGACGACAAGUACACGAAAUGCGGCAGCAGCGAUCCGGCGCUUGACAAUCGAAUACAAGCAGCUUACGACAGAUCCAAAUACGCUGUUUCCAGCUGUAGGGCCUAUUUCUGAAGACAACUACCUUGAAUGGGAAGCUCUACUUCCUGGACCCGACGACACGCCGUUCGAAGGAGGUGUGUUCAGUGCGCGUCUUUCAUUUCCACCUACAUACCCCUUAGAGCCGCCGACCAUGCGAUUCGAUCCGCCUAUUUUCCACCCAAAUGGUGCGUGUGUGUGCACAAUCCCAAACUUUUCUCUCUCUCUCUCUCCUUACACAUCCACAGUAUAUCCAGAUGGCCUCGUAUGCAUCAGCAUUCUUCAUGCCGCUGGUGAUGAUCCGAACAUGUAUGAGUCGUCCGCAGAACGCUGGUCUCCUGUGCAAUCCAUCGAAAAAAUCUUGCUCUCCGUGCUAAGCAUGCUGGCUGAGCCGAAUGUUGAGAGUGGUGCCAACAUUGACGCCUGUAAAAUGUAUCGUGAUGACCGUGAUGCGUAUGAAAAAACGAUCCGCAGACAGGUGCAAGAACAACUGGGCCUGUAG